UCUGACACAGAAUUAAUAGGCACCGGCAAAUAUUCAAAAACAGUCCUAAUUCAAUCCAACAGGUACAUCACUAUCGUUUCCACCAAUCGGAAGACAAAUUCACUUGACACUACACUGGUGUACCCAUUGACCGAAUUUGGCCAAGAGUAUUAUAUCUUCACUCCAUUGGCCAAGAGUUUGUACCCAAAAGAGUUUGCUGUUUUUGGCUUGCAGGAUACUACUUUAGUUACUGUAGAGUUGAAGUGCACUGUCACCUUUGAAGGUAAAACUUAUAAGCCAAAUGAAAAACUUUACGCCUACAUUAAUGGAUUGGAGGUUCUCUACCUGGAGUCAAAUCAGAAAAAUGAAGACUGCACUGGGUCAAGAGUGGUGUCAGACAAGCCAGUAGGGGUCAUCUCAGGAAAUGCUUGUGCUUGGAAGAACUCCAAAUGUCAGCACGCUUUCGAACAGUUGUUACCUGUAGAGCGAUGGGGUACAUAUUUCAUUGUCCCACCUCUAGAGUAUCAGGUCCUGAUGGACUCUGUGUUUAUUUUUGCUUAUAAGCCCACUCAUGUCAUUUACCAAUUUGGUGCCAAAUCUCAGGAGAUUGAUCUCCGUUCUGGUCAGUGGAAAGAGAUUCAAAUGGACAGGAGUUCACCGUUAGUCAUCACUUCCACUCUGCCCAUUCAAGUCCUCUACUACUGCACUGGUGGUAAAUUUCCUGAUAACACAUUAUUUGACCCAUUUAUCAUGAACAUAGAACCAACUGAUAAGUUCUGUGAAUCCCGCACCUUAGAGGGUAUGGAGGACUUUACUAACUAUGCCCUUAUUGUUGCCAAGACCAGUGACAUUAACAAAGUGAUAUUUGAUGACAAGCAUCCAACUUUCAAGUGGCUGCAAGUUCAAGGAACAGAAUACUCUUGGGCUCAUUACACCUAUGAUAAAGGAAGAAGUCACCACACAAUGAAGAGUCCCCGUGCCCCCAUUGGGGUUUAUAGUGUUGGCACAGUGCAUAUGAACAGCUACGGAGCUCCUGCAGCCUGUGGACUGCUGACCUGCACCUACAAGGGUAAGUCCUAUCUCCCUGAGGAACGCUUCUGGGAGGAUUCUGCCUGCACACAACUCUGCGAGUGCAACCCUUCCACAGGUUUUGUCGAUUGCCAGAAAUCUGAGUGCAAAGCUGGAGAGGAGUGUAAAGUCAUAGAGGGCCAUAAUGAAUGUGUGGAAAAAGGCAUUACUGCACCUGCAUAUGCAGGAGAAGGAAAGAAAACUCAAACAAAUGUGGUUGAGGAGAUACUAGGCUAAUGAGGCUGAUGAACGGAAUAUUGAUCUUACUCAUCUUGAGUUGAGUUGGAGGUCUGAAGAAUUCUGGACUCAAGAGACGUGCUGGAAUGGAAACCAUAUCUCUGCUUUACCUUUGGUGGCUAUGGAAUCAAAUGAACAUGGGAAUGGUGCCUUUAGUGUCUAUUCUUUUCUACUGUAUUCCUUUCUUAUUUUUACAUUUAAAAAGAGAAGUCAGCUUUAAUUCUUCGUGUUUCCAUAUCAACUUAUGUUAAAGGGUUCAGUGCAUAUUGUCGAAAAUUGAUUAGGUGUGUACAUUCAAUUUUCCCUGUACAAAAUGGACAUCACUUCUAGCCCUAAAAUGUGACAAAAGGGAAAAAAGGUUCACAAGAACAUAC